AUGGAGCGAGAGGCUGUGGCAAAAAAGCCUUCUAGGAUGAAGAGCGUGCGUCAGUGGUUAUCACUGCGAGUGACCCAAGAACGCACCAAGACUGAAGCAUCUGCGGAGCUCCUGCCGAAUCAUGAACCAAGCUCGCAAUUAGAAGUGGAUGAAGGGGCGGCAAGAGCAACACCUCCUGAGACUGCGAGCAAUAAGAAUGCAGCCGCCAGUACUGAAACUGGCAAAGAAGAUCGCAAGGACAGUAAGGAUGACGGCGAUGAGCAAGGGUCGACUACUGUUGCGCAGCUCGACAAUCCUGAAGCAAAGGGCGAGAGCGAGAGCGAGAGCGAGGAAAACAGACCUGAAGACGACAAGGACGACGGCGAUGCUGUCGACAAGUCAGCACGGGACUUCUGGAAAGAAGCAUGGGAGUCGGACGAGCUAGGAGAGGCGAAAAGGGCCCUUCUGCAAGGCAGGUCGGGGGUCAGCAAGUCGAAGGACCAGAAGCCUUCGCGGGCUGAUUCGAUCGAGCUCGUCUGGCUCGUCAUCGAAAAUACCGAGGCCAAGAUGAUUAAUUACAAGGCGCGCUGGGGAUCUGACAACGGUGAAACCUCUCUUAGAAAUGCGAAGUCUAUAUUGUUCUCGGCCUUAAUCUUUAAGGACUUGCUUGAUAAUGUCGUCAAAUUUGGUCUGACAGGCUAUUGUUCAGCGGCAUGGGCUGUCGUGUCCUUUGGUCUUACGGUAAAACCCGAGUAUCCCAAUGGAUCCUGCCUGCAGUUGGCCCUCCAUGACAAGGAACUGGCGGACUCUACAUUCAAAGCCUGCAGCUACCUGAGCCACUCGAUGGCUCUGUAUUCUCGAAUGGAGUCAAACUACCACGAGCGAAAAGCCAAGCAAGAGAAGCAACUCGAGGAUGCCUGGUCACGGUAUAUACGGCCAUUCUUGUCCCGGGUCAAAAAGUUCAUCCUCAGCUUGGCUGGACAGCCACUCCGCGAUCUGGAGACGAAGAUCAACGAAGAGAAAUCUGCAUUAGAGGAUUGGCAGAACCAGGUUUCGAGAGAACUUGCGGACGAAGCUCGUGAGGAGAUUAUGGAAAUCAGAACAAACACGGAAGUGAUAUUGAGGAGAGUCGACGGUCUGGCCUAG